UGAAAUCACGUGCUACCGAAGUGACGUCAUUCCUUUUCGCUGUUUGAUGGUGAUAGCAGACAGCAGAUCGAGAGGAAGGUAAUAUUAUAUUUUACAUUAUAUGCCGUUGGAGGCUUGAGUGAAAUUUAUGGUCUAAAGAUUGUUGGAUAUCUUUAGAGAAUAUUUGAGUGAAUGUGACUGUUGGAUGUCGCAGAUUUGAACUGGAUUGUAUUUGGAAUAUGGCAGGGCCAGGGGCCAUUAAAUGAUAUAUGAGACAUGCCGUGGAGCGGUGUUUUGUGUGAAAUUGGAAUAUCUAAGCUGGGUUUUCAUUCAAAUGCAUUUUAUAUAUGAUUAGAGAAGAAUGUGGAUAUUGACUACAAUGUCGGAAGCGUGAAAUUUUAUUUUAUGCCUGUAUAUUAUCUACUUCGUUUAUCCGUAUUUAUCCGGACGGAAAAGUUCGGGUCGAGCAUGAAUGCUUACGUCAUGAUUGUUUAUAUUUUAGAUGGUUCAGCCGGUAGUUUUAAAGAAGAGACAUAGUCUGAAGGGGCUGACUCUGUUACCUGUAAUCAGGAAAGUAAAGGAUGGGCGGUUAGAAAAUGUUAAGGAGCUGGCGCGGAUAAGCGUCGGGAAGCGCACGGAGGCGCUGCAGUUGAAGGAUAUCGCCAAAGCGGUGAUGGAGAUGACGGGGGAACCCAUGGACGAGUUGUUGGAGUUCGCAGGGAAAGAUAUUCGAGAUUAUGAUGCAGCAAAGUUACUGUUGCACUAUUGUGUACUAGCAGCGAAUGAAAGGGGACAGCCCAAAGGGCAGGUGUUGCAAGAUGAUGAAGCGGGUCCGAGUACGUCUGGUGCACCUGCAGAGAGGCAGAAUCAGACUGAAGACAAUACUGUGGAGAAUGAGGCCACCCCAGUGAAAAGGAGAAAGACGAUUGAUGACAUGGAAAGGAGACUGCUGAUGCUUGAGAAGUUGGAGAAGGAGGAUGUUUCGAAGGUAGAGAGUGUCGAUGUUCAAGUCUUGGAUGAGAGGUUAAAGGAGUUAGAUGCAAGGAGGUCUUCUUCACUGGAUUCAAAGAGGCAGGAUUGUUUAAAAAGGGAAAUUACCGAAUUUCUUGUGAGGAUGUCUGGUCGAGAAUUGACAAGUUGUACACCUGAUGACAUUAGGCGAUUUUUGGUAUGGAAGGAUCAGUGCGGUAAAAGUCAAGUUCAUAAGAUAGACUGUCGUUUUUUAGGAAACAAGGGAUUAUUUGACUGUAAUUGUCCAGUACGUCUGGCUUCUGGUACUGUCUCAUUAAUGAUAAAUAGAUUAGUGAACAUUUUUCAUGAGAUGGGAUGUGAAAGAUCGUGGAACAUGGCUCUUGGAUUAGGGAAUCCGGCUGCAUCAAGUCAAGUGAAAGAUUAUUUGAAAAUUAUACAAGAGGAGCAAGCUAGAGCCCAUUUGGUACCAAAACAGGCUAAACCCAUCUUUUUGACCAAGGUUAAGGCUAUUGUUGGCUAUAUAGGGGGUCGAUUAAGCAUGAGUUCUGUGUCAGUUAGGGAGAGGUAUAUCUUAUUGAGAGAUAAUGACCAGGCUUGGUUCAAAUUGCAGUUUUUUGCUGGAGAUAGGGCAGGAGAUCUUGCAAAUUUGGUGGCUCAAGAAGUUAAGUGGCUUAGAGAUUAUUCAGGUUUUGUGUUUAAUCACACUUUUGGAAAGACUCUUCGAGGAGGUAAAAGGAGGAGUAAUAUGUUUGUUGUAAAGAGGUGUGAUGAUAAGGUUAUUUGUCCUGUAGUAGGAAUACAAGAUUUUGUUUCAGGAUGUAAAGACUUGGGAGUUGAUCUGUCUUGUGGCUAUCUCUUUCGAGUUGUUACAGAGGAUGCACGGGUUUUAGAUCAGCCUGUUUCCUAUUCAGUUGUUUAUGAUAGGUUGCGUGUGUAUUUGCGGAAACUUGGUGUUGAUGAAGGUGAGACUCCACACAGUUUCCGGGCAGGUUGUGCUGUUGCGUUGGCUAUGUCAGGCUCAGUGAGUGAGGUGGGUCAGAUAAUGAGACAUGUUGGUUGGUUUGGGGAAGGGAGUGCCGAGUAUUAUAGUAGACUUCCAGCCUUGGUAGAAUCAGAUUUUGUAGCUGGAAGAUUGGCAACAAGUGUAAAAGAUGCGGGAAUGAUGGAAGAGAAGUAUCGAGAGUGCAUGCAGUAUGAUAGUCUUGAUUCGGCUUUUGUAGAGAGUGAGUGAUGAGAUAGAGAGCUAAGUGUACAUUAUGUACAUUUACAUGUCUGAAUAUGAUUUAUGAUUUUCAUGAUUAAAGUUUUGAUAACAUAUAAGGGUCUGAUGUGUUUUAUAUGAUAAUUUAAUGUGUUUUAAAAUGUUAACUUUAUAUA